AAAAAAUGACUAAACUGAAGUUCUUGGUGGUUAUUCUGUCUGCAGCCCUGGCUGGACUUGCCUACUAUCUUUAUACACCCAUGCCAGCAGAAGCAGAAGAGCCAUACCAGCAGAUGGCGUUUCUAGCAAAAUUCAAACUUAUUGUGGGUUUUGUUUCUCUUUUGGAUAUGAUUGGAAUUGAUGGUGUCUCAACUUUUAGAAAACUCAGGUCCGUCAAACCAGUUAUUGACCCAAACGACACCGUUACAUCUGUAGACGACACAUUUGAUGGAGUUAAUGUACGAGUAUAUAGCCCCAAAAAUCUGCCGAGAGACCAACUGCUGCCUGGACUUGUGUUCUACCAUGGUGGUGGAUGGGUGUUUGGAUCCAGAGAUUCCCAUGACCCAAUGAUGAGAAGAUUCGUGAGAAAGAAACAGAUGGUGGUGGUGUCUGUGGAAUAUCGCCUGGCUCCGGAAUUUCCUUUUCCCGUUCCCAUUGAUGACUGUGUAAGAGCAACAAGUUACUUCCUACGUCACCCUAGUAAAUAUAAAACCGAUCCGAAUAGGAUUGGUGUCAUGGGUGACAGUGCUGGAGGUAAUUUGGCUGCUGCAGUGGCACUCAGAAUGUUGGGGCCUAAUUUUACCGACCACCCAAAGAUAAAAGUUCAAGUUCUCAUUUACCCUGCGCUUCAGGCCUUUCAGUUUUCAACUCCGUCCUAUAUUAAAUAUGCAGGAACCUCCGUCCCUAGCAUAAUCAAUUCCGAAAGAAUGGUGGAAUACUGGUUAAGAUACGCUUUUGGGCACCAAUUUUUAACAGUAAAUCAUUUUGAUUUGUUAGCUGGAAAGCAUCUUACAUCUGACUGGCUUGACUCGAAGGAAGCUAAGAAUGUUGAUAUUCAAAAUUUACCUCAAAAGCUACAAGUAGGUGAUUUUAGUGCAACUUCAAAUACAGACAAAAACGUAACUUUAGCAAACUUUAUAAAGCCUGUGUUUCUUAACCCCUCUUUCGCCCCUUUGAUGGCAGACGAUCGGAGUGUAAGUCAACUACCAAGUACAUAUAUACUGACAGCAGAGUUUGACCCACUACGUGACGAUGGUUUUUAUAUGACAAAGCGAUUACAAGCGAUGAAGAAAAAAGUAGAACAUAGGCAUUUCAUUGGAAUGGAUCAUGGGUUCCUAUCUAUACAGAACUAUAAAAACGGUUUAAAAGCUGUUGAGGAAAUCUGUGAAUAUUUGAAUAAAGAAUUAUAACGUCAU